AUGUCCGACGUACCACCAACCCAGUCCAUUCCCAAACCAGAGGAACCUAAAGCACCAGCCCCUGCACCUCAGUUCCAGCAAGUACCUCCGAUUUACUACCAAUUUCCACCUCAAUCCAAAUCGAAGAGAGACCAAGAGUUCGAAGAAGGUCUGAACCGCUUACGCAAAGAGUAUGCUACAGCUCCAACCCUUGGUUGUUCCAGCAAUUCCAAUCUCAAUCCAAAUUACUACCAAUCUCAAUCCAAAUCGAAGAG